AAAAUAAAAGAACCGAUGAAACUGGUAGGCAAUUUCUUCGUCCUUAACAACACACAGCAAAUACGCAAAAAAUAUGCCUUUGCCUUACUCCAACCGGCCUUUCCUCUUAACCAACUCUGAACUGUACAUUAGUUGUCUCCCCAAAUGGCCUCUUUCGCCUCUUUCUUUCCCACUUCUUCGAAACCCCCACCUUUUCCCACCCAGUUCCCAAUUCCCAAAUCCCCACCUUUUUUAUACCCCUUUUCCCCCAAAUCCACACAACAACAACAGACCCAGUCUCUUCUUCUCUUCUCUAACAAUAAUUCCCAAAAAACUAGAAUCAUUAUUCUUCACAAGCUAAAUUAAGAGUUCUCUUCAACAAUGGCAUCCAAGACACAAUCGAAUUUCCACGAUUUCUUGCCUCUUAUGGCUGAAAAGCUUGGCGGGGAUGGCCUAAUCGGCGAGCUGUGUAAUGGGUUUCAGCUAUUGAUGGACGGUGAUAAAGGGGUCAUCACAUUCGAGAGUCUCAAGAAGAAUUCGGCUUUGUUGGGAUUGCAAGACUUGAGCGACGAUGAUCUCCGAAGUAUGUUGAGAGAAGGGGAUUUUGAUGGGGACGGCGCUUUGAAUCAGAUGGAGUUUUGCGUUUUGAUGUUCAGAUUGAGCCCUGAGCUUAUGGAAGAGUCCCAGUUUUUGUUAGAUGAGAUCCUUCAAGAUGAGCUCAAAGAUUUUGAUGUUUCUUCUUCCUUGUAAAAUUAUUAUUCUUCUCUCUCUCUCUCUGUUCGAUAACAACUAUUUAUUGAUGAUGAUGAAUUGAUGAUCAUUACAUCUGUACAAGUUCUCUCAUAUUGAUUUUUGACUGAUAAAAUACACGUCAAUAGAAAUACAAACAGCUUUCAUUGGAUUUUCUCGCCUUCUUACUCUUUUUCUGAUUCAUUAUACUUGUUCUUCUAGCCUGGCGAUUGACUUCUAGGAUCUGAGUUCUGUUUUCUGAUGCUUCCCUACUUGUUAUUGUAUUGGGCUUAUGGAUGUGAUGGCUUGAAGCAACUAGCAAACUUUGGUUUAAUUUUGUAGUAUACCAAUUGCAAUUGGUAGUACCAGGAUGAUUUCGACAGCCAAAUUUGAACAUAUGAUUUAUUUCCUUUCCAUCAUAGCUUUGGAUUCCUUUUCUUUCAAUUUCUCAAUCCAAGCAAUUUAAGUGUGUAAAAAACGCUUUGAAAUCAGACUAAAGUCCUGUUCUUCCCAGAUUUCGGAGCUUCAAAACCUCCGAGAGCACUUUGCCAGUUUGCGAAUUACCUGCUGGAUUUGCGGCCUUAAAUGUUGUUCUUUAGCGCCUGAAAGUAAAACUCCAAACAUUAUAACAAGCCACUUUUCAGCGUAUGUAUUAGUAUAAGAUAUCAGUCAGCGUUUAGGAAAUUUCCAGUUAAAUUUGCAGGAGUUACAACAGAAAUCCACAAAGGCUCAUUGCUUGAAUGAAUCUAAACUCUAGAGUCUAGAAUAUUCCAAGCUCCUGCCUUUCUAGCUAGUCCUAGAUAAAUGGGAACCUUUUUUUUAUUCAAAGAGAGAAACCUGUGGAAGUCAGAAGAAGAGUGGAUGAUUUGAACACUGUUAUAGUAGUGCCAAUGAAGGCUUCAAUAAGGAGGACUGGACUAUUUGGCAUGUCUAUUUCAAUGGGACCAUAUGGUAUUUAACAAAAGCCCAUUGCCUAGCAAAGCCGAGUGAUGGUGAUGUGGUGGGUUUCCACUGAGGAAGAUAUCCAACGUAAAAAAGGCCUCUUGGAGGUUCAGAUACGUUUUUGAAGUAGGAUAAUAAGUCCACGGAAAUGGCCUGUAUUUUGUUUGUUGACUCUUACCAUUAAGGAGGCUUUUGUCAAAUUUGCUUGCUCAGGUUUAGGAGACUUGUGGUCACCUAACAUCAUUACAACAUUUACAAGUAGUAGUAAUACUGUAGUUUUGAUAAUGCGAUUGAACUAAUUAACAC